AUAAGCACGCUGCACAUAACCUGCUGUCACACGUUCAACAGUGUGCUCCAAGAGUAGACAAACGGAAACUAAAUACAGCCUCUCUCCAGCAUGAGACCAUCAGGAAUCACGCUCUUUGCAUUUGCUGUGCUCGUGUCUCUAAUCUGUGUAAUCCAGGUAGAGACAGCUCCAGUAAUAGACACCUGGGCAUCAGGACUCAUACACCGUGCCAAGCGUUCGCUACUUUGGCGCUGGAACACACUGAAGCCAGUUGGUGCAGGAUGCAGAGAUAAUUACGAGUGUGGCACAAAUUACUGCAGGAGAAACGUCUGCACAUUCCAGCCUAAAUCCUCUUCAUCCUAACAAAAAUGACUUGCACUUCUACUGAAAGAAGAAAAAAAAAAAAAAAAAAAAAACAUUCCGGGAAACGAAAGAAAAUGGACGUUUUUUUUUUUUUUUUUU